GUGGAGCACAUAAUCUGGAAACCAGAUUGAGGAGAACGUGGUGAUGGGAAUAAACGGGAAAUUUCCGGGGCCGACGAUCAGUGGAACAGUCGGAGAGACAGUUGUGAUUGAACUAACGAACAAAUUGAAAACGGAGGGAGUUAUGAUUCACUGGCACGGAAUCAGACAGUUCGGAACACCAUGGGCUAACGACACUGCCUCAAUUUCUCAGUGCGCAAUCGACCCUGGAGAGACCUUCAAUUACACGUUCAAACUGGACAAGGUAAAAACCACGCACUCUAGUGGAACAUACUUUUACCACGGGCACUAUGGAAUGCAAGGAAGUGCAGGAUUGUACGGAUCUCUGAUAGUGGACGUCGCAAAGGGGGAGAAAGAGCUGUUUGAAUACCUCGGCGAGUUGAACUUGCUGCUGAGCGACUGGUGGCACAAAAGCGUCCAGCAACAAGAAGCUGGCCUCUCUUCCAAUCCAAGUACUUGGAUCGGUGAACCUCAAAGUUUGUUAAUCAACGGGAGAGGCCAAUACAAUUAUUCUAUACCGGGAGAGCACUAUAGCAAUUCAUCUUUACCGGAGUGCAAUUUUACAGCAAGGUAACAGUGCGCCCCCUAUAUCUUACAAGUUCAUCCCAAUAUGACCUACAGGCUCAGAAUCGCCAGCACUACUGCAUGUUCCAUAAUAACAAUUUCCUUGCAGAAUCACAAUAUGACGGUAGUGGAAGCGGAUGGAAAUUACGUGCAACCAUUUGUAAUUGAUGACCUCGACAUCUACUCCGGCGAAAGCUACUCAGUGCUGAUAACCACAAAUCAAGAUCCAUCCAAUAACUACUGGGUUUCAGUUGGAGUAAGAGGAAGAGAACCCGAUACUCCUCAAGGCCUCACCCUCCUCAAUUACCACCGUAAUCCUCCCUCCAACCUCCCCAUUUCUCCUCCUCCGGUCACUCCUCUCUGGAACAACUACCACAACAAGUCUUUCACCAACAAUAUUCUUGCCAUUAAAGGAUCUCCUAAUCCCCCAAACAGUACCGCCCACCGUCGGAUCACCCUCCUCAACACCCAAAACAACAUAACCGGUAUACACGCCAAGUGGGCAAUCAACAAUGUCUCCCUAACCCUACCACUUACUCUGGGCUCCAUCAAGUACGACUUGAAGAACGCUUUCAGACUCGGGGACCCACUGAAGAACUUGAACGACACCGGCUAUGACAUCAUAAAGCCGCUGGUCGAUCUGCACACGAUCACCGGUUACAGGGUUUAUACUCGGAGCUGGAAUCUUGCUGACAUCUGGGGCCAGAAUGGGAAUGAAGGCACAUUGGCGGAAACAUGUGCUUCUGGAAACUACAAAUUCGUGAACAUAGCUUUCCUCUCAUCAUUCGGUAAUGGCCAAACCCCUACCAUAAACCUUGUUGGUCACUGUGACCCCUCAACUGACGAAUGCACCAAGUUGAGCCCCGACAUCAAGUCUUGCCAGGCCAAAGGCAUUAAGGUCAUACUCUCCAUAGGAGGAGCUGCAGGGAGCUACUCUUUGGCUUCAUCUGACGAUGCGCACCAAGUUGGGAGGAUAGUCCUCUUCAAGGCCUUUGGGAGAUGCAGUUUUGGAUGGGAAGAAUUUUCUGUUUACACUCUGAAAUUCAACUCCAUGGUGGACGUGAUUCUUUAGAAUGCGAAUACAAUGACCACGAAUGUGAGCGAGAUACACCCGUGGCAUCUUCACGGCCAUGACUUUUGGGUGUUGGGUUGAGAUGGCAAGUCUGAUCCUCAAAGAGACGUAAGCAAGUUCAACAUGGUGAACCCUCCGCUGCGCAACCCGGUGGCGAUAUUUCCAUACGGGUGGAUAACUCUUUAGUUUGUGGCGGACAACCCAACAGUGUGGCUACCAGAUUUUACAGAUCUUGAUUUCGAUAAUAUGAGAGGAAGUUAUGAUAGUUUGAGUAACGAGAGGUCAGAGCUGAAAUCUGCUCGGGUUCACUAG